AUGUGGAUGAGAAAUGCCAAUAAAGGUGAAGAUGAAAAAGAGGAGAGCACCCACAGCAACACCAGCCCACUCUACUCAGGCGAAAUGUCAAAUAAAAGGCUCCGGUCGAAGGUGUGGGAUGACUUCAUACCCUCCUUCGUUGAUGGGAAGGUGGCGCGGGCUGAGUGCAAGCACUGCCACCGGGUCUACAACUGCAGCAGCACCAAUGGCACUGGCAGCCUGCUAAGGCACCAGGCUAAUUGUAGCUCGGGGACUCACAAGAGGCCAAGGCAGCACGAACACACAUCCUUGCCAGACCCAAUGCAGAAGAAGCUACCUUUCUUUCCAUCCAGCCAAAAGAAACACUCAGGCACAACAGAUGCCUCACCUGAACAGGGGCUUACCUUGCCUGGUGUUCAUACCAAUGACACAAAUACAAAGAACCAGGAGGUUGAUAAGAAUGGGUCUCAUGGCAAACUUGUGGUGCCUGAGCAGAAGAAUCGUGCUUCACUCAAGCAGGUCAUACCUACUGGCACUAAUUGCAAGAAUCAGGAGGUUAAACAGAAUUUUUCUCAUGAAGAAAUUGUCAGGGUAUUGUCCAUACACGGACACAACCCAAGCAUGAUGGAACAAGAUAGAUUCAAGAAACUAGUUGCUUACUUGAAUCCUAUGGUCAAGAUCCCAUCCUUCCUGUAUCUGAAUACACACUUUUGGAACUUGUGUCAGCAAGAAGAGUCCAAGCUCAAGGAGAAGUUAAUAGCCUUGUGCAGCCGUGUUUGCUUGAGUGCUUACGUGUGGCGCUAUGAUCCACGUCCACACUUGGCAUUCUUGUGCUUGACUGUUCACUACAUCGAUGACAAAUGGGAGAAGCAACAAAAGAUCAUCAGAUUUCAUGCCGUGAAUCCCUCUUGCAAUGCAAAAGAACUGGGUGAUAUCAUAUGGGCGUCUAUUAUGAAAUGGCAUCUUGGUGGCAAGAUUUUCAGCAUUAUACUAGAUGAUGCAUUCAUUGAUGACACAGUGGCUUUGGAUGUCAAAGCCAGUCUACAGAAACAGAACAAACUUGCUGCAAACCGUAGCUUCUUUGUGUUGUGGGAUGUGAAGAAAGUGGUGCAUCGCAAAGCUUUUAUGUACACAUCAAGGGAAGAGGAAGCAUUUUCUGAAGUGCAGGAAAAGAUGAAAAGGAAAUUCAUGGAAACCUGGAGAGUCUGUUGCUUGCAUUUUUUUAUGCCAAUGGUCAUGGAUCCUAAAUACAGUCUGAGGCAUGUCAUGUCCCGUCUUCGUCAUGAUUGUGACACUUUUGAUGAUGAUAUGGAUGAUUAUCUUCAAGAAGUGCUUGAUACAUUGGCCAGCCUCUUUAAUGAGUACUCAAAUCUGGUGGAAGACCAUAACAGCACUUCUGGGGCUAAAACUAGCAAGAAAACUGUAGUGAGUGGAGAUAUGCUGAUAAAGUAUUUUUAUCAAUCUGAAUAUCCAUAUGGUGAGCGAACGUUGUCUGAAUUGUAUCAGUACUUGCAAGAGCCAUGUCUGACAGGUGACUCCAGUGUUCUCGAAUGGUGGAAGGAGCAUGACUUGACCUAUCCUACAAUUGCUCGAAUGGCACGUGAUAUAUUGGCACUACCCUGCAGUAUUGAUUGCAAGGUAGCUUCAAGGACUGCAAUAAUAGCAAUUACAGAGUCACGAAGCAACUACUGGGUUGAAGAGCUUGUCUGUGUUCAGGAUUGGCUCAAACCAGCUGGAUUCGGGGUUGACAAAUCUUGUGACACUUUUGGUGGAAUUUGA